AUGGCUGAGAAAAAUAACAAGAAAUAAUUCUAAAUUAUAAUUGGCUUAGUAGGAAAGAUCUGCUCUGGAAAAACAACCUUUUGUGAAUUGAUUACUAAGAGAGGUCUUAGAUGCAUAAAAGGAGAUGAUAUUCCCUUGGAGAACCUAAUCUAACUUAUUGUUAAACUUAGAAAAUAAGGAGCAACAUAAUAGGAAUUGAAAUAAAUUUUAAUGGAAGAAAUAAAUACCAUUAAAGCAAAUCUUAAAAAUUAAUAUGAAAAAAGAUGCAAAAAACUGUUAGAAGAAUGGACAUUACCUACAAUAAUUAGUAGAAUUUACACGAAUAAUGAAGUUUAAUUUUUAUCAAAAAGAAAUUUCUUCCAUAAAAUAUACUUGGACUGUCCUUUACUAACACGCUUUGAAAACUUCAAAAAUAAAUAUAACAAAUAUUCAGGUGAUAUAGACCUAAAUAUGUUUUGCCUUUUAGAUGAUUGCGUUAAUUAUGGGUUGAAUAUUUAAGGUAUCAUUCAAGAAUUUAAAGUAACAGUAAGUAAUGAAGGAAGUGUAGAUGAUUUAGAUAAUUACAUUUCAAAAAAUGAAAAAAAAAUACUGAGAGAAUAUAAGCCAAGCUGGGAUGAAUAUUUCAUGAGGUUAGCAGUAGAGGUAAAAAAAAGAAGCAACUGCAAUAAAAGAAGUGUAGGAGCUAUUUUGAUUUCUAAAGAAAAAAGAAUUCUUUCAACAGGAUAUAAUGGAACUCCAUUAAGGAUGAAGGAUUGCUUUUACGGAGGCUGUGAAAGAUGUAAUCAAAAUACUGCAUAAGGUUAAGGUUUAGACUAAUGCUGGUGCAUCCAUGCUGAAGAGAACUGCUUAUUAGACAUUGGUGUAAGAGAGAGCAAGUAAUUUGAACCAACUAUGUAUACAACCCUCUUCCCUUGUAGAAUGUGUGCAAAAGUUAUAAUUUAAAGUGGAGUAACUAGAAUAGUUUACAUGGAAGAUUUUGAUAGUAAUAAAAGUAAAGAUAUUAUUGAUGAAUACAACAAUUAGAAUCCAAGUCAUAUGUUGAUUCUUUAAAAAUUAUCUUUAGAUGAUUAUGUUUACUGA